ACCACCAUGCGGGUAACAAGUGUGAUCCGGGCCGUGGUGCUGCUCCUCACCCUGCUGGGCACCUGGCUCCUCAUGCAGACCUACUUCCAGCACAGCUGGAGAGCCAUCAGCCUGCGCAGCUGGCUCGGUGCCUCGAAGAAGCCCAGCAGCGAGAAGCUGCCCCGGCACAAGUGUGGGAACCAGAAGAGCUGCCCCCAGAAUCAUUUUGCCUUCAAGAUCAUCAGUGGUGCUGCAAAUGUGGUGGGACCCUCGAUCUGCUUUGAAGAUUUGGUCCUCAUGAGCAGUGUGAAAAACAACAUUGGCAGAGGCCUGAACAUUGCACUGGUGAAUGGAACAACUGGGAAGCUCCUGAAAACCGAUGCCUUCGACAUGUACUCUGGAGAUGUUACCAACCUGCAGACCUUCCUCCAAGGGAUCAAGCAUGGCACCCUUGUGCUCUUAGCAAGCUACGACGAUGCUGCCACAAAGAUGAAUGCCAAAGUGCGGGCGUAUUUCACGGAGCUGGGCAGCAGCCACGUGGGCACGCUGGGGUUCCGGGACAACUGGGUCUUCCUGGGAGCAAAAGGGCUGAUGAACAAGAGCCCCUUUGAAAAGCACAUUAAAAAUGAUAAAGAGACAAAUAAAUACGAGGGCUGGCCUGAGCUGUUGGAGAUGGAGGGCUGUGCCCCCAGGAAGAUGGACUAG